CAAGGUCCCUCCUCGGUUCCGCCGGCGUAUCUUCUGCACCUGCGCACUAGGCAGGGCUUGGCGCUGCCCAAGCCGAGAGGCCCCGGAAGUGGUCGGCCGCUUGCGACGCCCCGGAAGUGACGUGCUCUCCCGAGCCGGUGAGUGCGGGAGCGGGGAGCUUGGUCCCCGGGGGUGGUCGCGGCCCGGGUGCGAGGAGGGGCCUCGGCUUUGCCGCGGGGUACGGGGCCGCUGGGAGCGGGAGAGGCCCCGGCCUAGGAGCUGAGAAGCCUGGAGGGCUGCCGGGCUGCGAACCGCGGUGGGGAGCGGCGCCUUGCUCCCCAGUCCUGCCCCACUCUCUCCGCAGAGCCGCGUUUGGGGGUCGGAAGUCCUGUCAGCCACCCGCGUGCUUCUCUGUCACAGGGAUGGGUGCCGCGUGUGAGUUCCGAGUCAAGUUGUUUAGGAAUUUGCCUAAGUAUUUGCCUAAUACUUACGGCUAAAUCCUGCUCCCAAGUCACAGAUAGGCUGACGGGUCAGAGGACAAGACGUGACCCAGGGCCGAGACGGGGCCAUGUCACCUGCAAGGCUUUUCUCAGCAAGAUUGAGGACCGUGUUUGAGGACGUGGGGCAUUGGGCUUUGUCCACACGGGCUGGCCUCAAGCCCAGCCGGCGACUGCCACAGCAGGCUUCUCCCAGGCUGCUCUCGGUCGGCUGUGCGGACCACGCCAAGCGUCAGGAACUCCCGGGGAAGAAGCCGCUCUCUGAGAAAAAGCUGAAAAGGUAUUUUGUGGACUGUCGGAGAGUGCUUGUCUGUGGAGGAAACGGAGGCGCCGGGGCAAGCUGCUUCCACAGUGAGCCCCGCAAGGAGUUUGGAGGCCCCGAUGGAGGGGACGGAGGCAACGGCGGACACGUCAUUCUGAGAGUUGACCAGCAAGUCAAGUCCCUGUCGUCGGUCCUGUCGCAGUACCAGGGUUUCAGUGGAGAAGACGGCGGCAGUAAAAACUGCUUCGGGCGCAGUGGCGCCGUCCUCUACGUCCAGGUCCCCGUGGGCACGCUGGUGAAGGAGGGAGGCAGAGUCGUGGCCGACUUGUCUCGCACGGGAGACGAGUACAUCGCUGCACUGGGCGGGGCAGGAGGGAAAGGCAACCGCUUCUUCCUGGCCAACGACAACCGUGCCCCUGUGACCUGUACCCCUGGACAGCCAGGACAGCAGCGAGUUCUCCACCUAGAGCUCAAGACGGUGGCCCACGCCGGGAUGGUGGGAUUCCCCAAUGCCGGGAAGUCCUCACUGCUCCGGGCCAUUUCAAACGCCAGACCCGCCGUGGCUUCCUACCCGUUCACCACCCUGAAGCCCCACGUCGGGAUCGUCCACUAUGAAGGCCACCAACAAAUAGCAGUGGCCGACAUCCCUGGCAUCAUACGAGGCGCCCACCAGAACAGGGGUCUGGGGUCCGCCUUCCUCAGGCACAUCGAGCGCUGCCGCUUUCUCUUGUUCGUGGUGGAUCUUUCUCAGCCUGAGCCAUGGACUCAAGUUGACGAUUUAAAAUAUGAACUGGAGAUGUAUGAAGAGGGCCUGUCUGAGAGGCCCCACGCAAUCAUCGCAAAUAAGAUUGACCUCCCUGAAGCCCGAGCCAAUCUGUCCCAGCUCCGGGAUCACUUGGGAUGGGAGGUCAUUGCGCUGUCAGCGCUGACUGGUGAAAACCUGGAGCAGCUGCUGCUGCACCUGAAGGUGCUGCAUGACGCCUACGUGGAGGCCGAGCUGGGCAAGGGCCGCCAGCCGCUCAGGUGGUAGCCAUGCCAGAGCGGGGUCGCCUCUGGGCCUCCCUGUCUGAGCAAACCUGGGUGUGAACGAGGUGGCUUUGAAUGCAUAAAGAAAGUGCCUUGUGGACACAUA